GUCUAACUUCAGCCUCCUCGUCCUCUCGGCAGUAUGGCUGCCGUCCUGUAGCAGUAUCUGUGUGCAGACAUAAGAUUCACAGCUUUAGCACUUUACAACAUGUCGGCGGUACUUUUCCUGAAGAAGUCUCUGAGCAGACUCCCUCCGGCUGUGGCUCGGCAACUGGUCCGGUGUUGCUAUCACACCGAGAGAGGGGUGUUCGGGUACCGACCCAAACAGACCGAGAGCCGACAUGAGUUACUGAAGGACCGCAUCGCAGCGCUGAACCAAGAUCAUGGUCUGUCCCGUCUGGUGGAGGCAUACAGAGCACAUGGUCACAAGGCUGCUAAAAUCAACCCGUUACAGCCCGAUAAACCUGUUGCUGACAGCGUCCCGGAGAUAACCAUGCUGACCGACACCGUCACAGGAACACUCCACACCUCAGGUCUACGACAUUUUGGCAAAGCAGAGGGUUCAGUGGAAGAGGUGCAGACUUACCUGGAAGGAGCGUACUGCGGCCACCUGUCAGUGGAGACCAGCCAGCUGAGCAGCCUGGAGGAGAGGGAGUGGUUCGCCGACCGCUUUGAGGAACUCAAGAAGAAGAGUUUCUCCACUGAGGAGAGGAAGCGGCUGGCCAAGGUCAUGCUGGAGUCUCAGGAAUUCGACCACUUCCUGGCCACCAAGUUUGCUACUGUGAAGCGUUAUGGAGGAGAAGGAGCAGAGAGCAUGAUGGGAUUCUUCCACGAGCUAUUCCGUUACUCGGCCUUCAGCGGAAUCACUGACAUUGUGAUCGGCAUGCCGCACAGAGGCCGACUCAACCUGCUGUCCGGCCUGCUGAAGUUCCCUCCAGAGCUCAUGUUCCGUAAGAUGCGCGGCCUCAGUGAGUUCCCAGAGAUGUGCUCUGCCACCGGGGACGUCCUCUCCCACCUCACCGCAUCAUUAGAGUUGGAUUUCGGAGCUGCGCGUCCUGUCCAUGUGACCAUGCUGCCCAACCCCUCCCACCUGGAGGCCAUCAACCCCGUGGCUCAGGGCAAAACUCGAGCCAGGCAGCAGCUCAGGCAGGAAGGAGACUAUUCCCCUGAAGACAACGCACAGCCAGGGGACCAGGUUGUCUGUCUGCAGGUCCACGGUGACGGCUCUUUCACUGGACAGGGGAUCGUUCCAGAAACACUGACCCUUUCCAACCUCCCUCACUACAGAGUGGGUGGUAGCAUCCACCUCAUCGUCAACAACCAAGUGGGUUUCACCACUCCGUCCGAGAGGGGGAGGUCGUCUCUGUACUGUAGCGACGUCGGUAAGAUGGUGAACUGUGCUGUGAUCCACGUGAACGGCGAUGAUCCAGACGAGGUGCUGCGGGCCACUCAGCUGGCUGUGGACUACCAGCGUGUUUUCAGGAAGGACAUCAUCGUGGACCUGGUCUGCUACCGUCAGUGGGGCCACAACGAGCUGGACGAGCCCUUCUUCACCAACCCGGCCAUGUACAAGAUCAUCAAAACUCGUCAGAGCAUCCCUGACUGUUACUCAGAGAAGCUGAUCUCCGAGGGUCUGAUGACCGAGGCGGAGCGGGACGAGAUCAAGUCCCAACACUACAGCAUGCUCAACGACAAGCUGUCCAACAUGACCCUGUACACCCCCACACUCACCAACCUGCAGGGCCGCUGGGGGGAUCUGGGCGAACCCCAGGCCAAAGUCACCACCUGGGACACGGGCGUCCCCGUCCCCCUGCUGCAGUACGUAGGGGCCAAAUCUGUGGACAUCCCUGAGGAAAUCCAAGUCCACAGCCACCUGAGGAAGACCCAUGUUCAGGCUCGUUUGCAGAAGCUGGAAGAAGGAAACAAACUGGACUGGUCGACAGCAGAGGCUUUGGCUUUCGGCUCGCUCCUCUCCCAGGGCUUUAAUAUCAGAAUCAGCGGACAGGACGUGGGAAGAGGAACGUUCAGCCAUCGACACGCCAUGGUGGUGUGUCAGGACACCAACGACAUGUACAUCCCUCUGAACCACAUCAGCCCUCAGCAGGCUGGCUUCCUGGAGGUGUGUAACAGCCCGCUGUCUGAGGAGGCGGUGCUGGGAUUUGAGUAUGGUAUGAGCAUCGCUCAGCCGAAGCUCCUUCCCAUCUGGGAGGCUCAGUUUGGAGAUUUCUUCAACGGAGCGCAGAUCAUCUUCGAUACCUUCCUCACUGGAGGUGAAGCGAAGUGGCUGCUGCAGUGUGGGAUGGUGAUCCUGCUGCCUCACGGCUACGAUGGAGCCGGACCCGAACACUCUUCCUGCCGCAUGGAGCGCUUCCUCCAGAUGUGUGACAGUAAAGAGGAGGGUGUGGAUGAUGACCGCGUGAACAUGGCUGUGGUCAACCCCACCACGUCCGCUCAGUACUUCCACCUGCUGAGGAGGCAGAUGAUCCGUAACUUCCGCAAACCUCUCAUUGUGGUUGGACCCAAGACCCUGCUCCGAUUUUCUGGCGCAGCGUCCAGUCUGACUGAGCUGGCUCCAGGAACAUCCUUCAGACCAGUGUUGGGUGAUACCUCAGUCUCUGCAGCAAGUGUCCAGAAGGUGGUGCUGUGCUCAGGGAAACAUUACUAUGCCCUGCUGAAACAGAGAGAGACAUCAGCAGCCAAUCAGAACACAGCACUGAUCCGUGUGGAGGAGCUCUGUCCGUUCCCUCUGGACGCCCUGCAGCAGGAGUUAAAAAAAUACCCCAAUGCGAAAGAGUUUACUUGGAGUCAGGAGGAGCCACAGAACAUGGGCCCCUGGUCGUAUGUAGCCCCAAGGUUUGCGAAGCAGCUGGCCUGCAAGCUCCGGUUAGUGAGCCGCCCGGCUCUGCCCGCGCCUGCUGUCGGCAUCGGGAUCCUCCAUCAGCAGCAGCAGGAGGCCAUCCUCUCCGCCACCUUCUCCUAAAACACGCAGCAACACUGACAACAGUAAACAAGCAUCAAGACUACACUACAUACUGGCAUCUGCUCUAAUCCUUCAAAGCAGUGUCAGUAAAUGUGCUGCACGGGAAAUUCAUGGGACCUUUUUAGAUGAUAAGGAUGCACGGUUCAAAUAAAUAGUUAUUAUAAAGAGCAAAUAAAAGGAAGACAAUAAGAGUAUUUUUAAAGAGGUUAUUAUCUUUAGGGUUUUCAGGAAUGGCAUGAAUUUGUUCUCGCAUUUCUUGUUUUGACUUUGCCUGUAUUGUUUAUGUGUUCAGUGUCAAGGCAGUGUGGAAAGGAACAAAUACAUAUGUGGGUGGGAUCUGACUCGAGGCCUUAGAGACAUUGUCUACAGUGCAACUGAAGUAAAGGAGCACUAUCAGCUGACAGUCAGAUUUUCAGCACUGGAGAUCGUUUCUCUUGGUACGACCUCUUAAACCAGGAAAACUGUUAAAAAACAAACACAGUUAGAACCGAUAUGCUAAAACUAAGAGUAUGGAGAGACAGACUCACCCAUGGUUGGUUUACACUCUUAUUGUCUAUUCUGAAGGACUUGCAUUCAUCUCGACUCUUGCAUCAGCAGUACAUUGAUCCAUUGACUCUGUUGCUGCUCGCCUCAUGCAUUCAGUCUCCACUAGUUGUCCGUUGUUCUGAACAGAAAACAUUAGAAGUUGUUGGAAAUAUCAUUGAAAUAUUUAUGUAAGAACAGGGAGUACUUUAACUGGAUUUCUGAAGAAAGAAAAAAGACUGUUGAAUGUUUACGCAGCCUUGAGUAAAAUGUAUUUGGACAUUUUAUGCUACAAAAUUAAUAUUGAAUAAUGCUUCUAAGACUUGAACAAAUAAAAGCAUUAAAGGGAUAAUGUAAAUAAAAGAAACAAGAUGGAUUUCAAAUGGAAAUAUUUUCAAAUAAAUCAAUUUUCACUUUA